AUGGGAAUAGAGAGCUAUGCCCCCCCCCCCCUGGAAUUCCUUCGUCGUCUCCGUCUCCGUCUCUCUUCUUCUAGAGGUGUGAUCAGGGUAUUGGGGGAGAAGCGGGCGAGGCUGUACAUAAUCCGGCGUUGUGUCUACAUGCUGAUUUGCUGGAGGGACCAUCCAGACGAGUGAAGGCUAUAGAACAGGGCUGAGCAUUUGGGGGAGGAGCUUGGAACUUUGAAGCUAUGCUGAUCAUGUAUAUGUUGAAUAUUUCUCAAAAAGUUUUUCUAUUCUCAUUGUAGGCCAGAGAAAUUUGGAAAAUAUAUGGCAAAUCAGAGCCAAAUAACAUAAUUGCAAAGCGUUUUGAACAGAAAAUUCAUUAAUUUAGGAACUCCAA